AUGUCUGUGGCAGUGUCGCUGUUUGUUGAGGCUCUGCGAUACUGCAACGCCAGAGCCUCCCAUUCUUCUCGCUCAACGUCUGGUGCCUUGAGUAAAGAGUCAAUAUGUACAGUAUACUCAAGUAAUCUCCACAUCCAAGACACAAGUAUUUCUCCUUUGUCCAUUGACGAAGCCAAACAAUCGCAGCUCCACCACAAGCAAAACAGUCAAGUUCGCCAAGGCAGCCUGAUCCGUCGCCAUCAGCCACAUCAGGUAGAAUACAGGCAAACUCUAUGCUGCAGUGACAAUGUGCACUGCCAUCGACAUCUCGACAAGCAUGAAUACCCAGGCAGAUUCACUUGUACACGCGGCACCGCCGUGAGUUGA